AUGGCGGAACCGCCGCAAACCGACGUGUCUCGUCCAUCUGCGCUUCCGACAGCAAAACUACUCCACCGACCUGCGCUCGACCAGGCGCUGGUAGACCAAAACUCAGAAGAGUAUCUCGAUGCUAUCGAAGAGGAGUGGAACAAGAAGCUCGAUGCCGAGGUAGAGGUACUGGUUGACGGGAUGGUCGACAUCGUCAAUCUCGCAUCUAUUGGGGACAAGGACAAGUUCCGCAUCGCUCAGGAAGCUUUCCAAGCAGAGCUGCGUGCCGAGUCCAUGGUCCGGGCUGCCAACUCGCUGCUUUCCAUUACCCAUUCCCUGAAACUUUUACUGUUACUCUCAGACGAAGCCCAGAUUGCGCGGUGGCGAGAUGAAGAGAUGAAGAAUCUCCAGCAGGAGAAGAGCGAAGCACAGCAGGAAGUAGCUAUUCUACUAGAUGAACUUUUUCGAAGUUCUCUACAGCUCACUUGA